GUAUUUUUCUGCUUCCGUCAUCAUCUGUCAGCUGCCCGCGGUUGUGUUCGCGGCUGGUGGGAGAGCGAAGCCAUGGGUAAUUCCAUGAGGAAGGAGGUGCAAGUCAUCCUUGAGGGGCGGCCGGGGUCAGGAAAGAGCUCGGCGCUGUUCCAUCUAAAGCACGGCGAGACCCUGCUGACGCCCACACCGGGGAUCGAGGGUUUCUACGUGGAAAGGGCGGUAUACGCCGGCACCAAGCUGAACGUAUGGGAGGUGCAGCCGAGCAGCACCAUCGUGCGGGAGAAGUCUUUGACGGUGGCGAGAGCUCUCGUCUACGUCAUCGACAGCACGGGAGGCUCGGCCGGUAUUCAGGAUGCGAAAGAGGAUCUGUACCCAAUAUUGACGGCGCUGGCAUCACAAAAACCGCGCACGUGCUUCACGGUGCUGGUGUUGGCGAACAAGCAAGACAUACCGGCGGCUGCAUCCCCGGCGACCAUUGAGCGGGACUUGGCCAUUUCCUCGAGAGCGGACGGCAGCACGUGGAGAUGGGCGGUGCAAAGCUGCUCGGCGAAAGAAGGGCUGGGGCUGAAGGAAGGGAUGGACUGGCUGGCUAAGGCCGUUCGAGGAAAGAACGUCUCGCCAUCGAGGCCGAAGGGGAGAAGCAGAGGCGGCACGUCGACCAAGCUUGAAGGGGCACCGGGGGGGAGGAGAAAUAACGGCGUCGUGCGACACCCACUUGAGGUGAUGGGGGCUCCGAUAUAUUCAGCUUGAUUCAAAUUCGAGCGGUUUUCUUUGAACGGCUGAGCUGCUACUGCUCCCCCCUCGGAGCACGAAGAGAAACCUGGUACAGUAGAACUUUGAGUCAUAUAUAUUUUUUGAACGAGCUCUCGGGCUCUUAUACAGAGCAGAGUAAAAAAGAGGCCCUGUUUAUUUAUUAAGCAUUGUUUACGAUAUUUAUUUACCACACACCGUAGCAUGUCCGAUAUCCCUUGGCUGUAGGCUUGAGGCGUGUAUGCGUGAUUGCACGCAGGCCCUCGUGCCCAUUGGCUUUCGAGACCGAGCUUGUGUUGUUUUUAUCUUGAGUUGCGUACGUUUGCUUGGCAGGCAAGAGUCGUCCGUGAAGGGUUUGGUUAGCGCUUUGGGCAGACAUGACUCUUCCGGAGAGACCUCCUGCUCCACGAGAAAACCGCCCGGUAGGCUAGUCGUCGCACCAUGCUUUAGAGACGUUUCCACACCAUGAGACUGAGACAACAUGCUUUGCGUCCUAUUGCAUGCGGUAUGCGGUGGAAGAUAAACCAUUUUGUGGGCGAUUAACGUAGACGCCGCCAAGGCGUUCUCAUCGGGAAAAUUACGCCGCCCACUGUAUUUUUGUGUGUUUCGGGAUCGAUUGGCAUUUUUGUUUCUCGCGGACUGAAGGAGUCCUUGUAAGCAGCAAGCAUUGUUGGUGUCGUGGAAGACAAACAACAUGACAUGAUUGGCUAUGGUACAGGUACGCAACAAUCAAAGCUAUUACGAGCACUCUAUCUCGCUUGUAGCAGCACCGACACGGUCUUCGCCAGCUA